CCGGCCAGCCGGGGGGCACUGCCUGCCGGGGCGCUGGAUCCACACCCCCCGAGUCCACUGAUCACCCUGGAGGCCCAGGAUGGCUACUUCUCACACCGGCCGAAAGAGAAAGUGCGAACAGACAGCAACAAUGAAAACUCAGUCCCCAAAGAUUUUGAGAAUGUGGACAAUAGCAACUUUGCACCCAGGACUCAAAAGCAGAAGCACCAGCCUGAGUUGGCCAAGAAGCCGCCAAGUAGACAGAAGGAGCUUUUGAAAAGGAAGCUGGAACUACAGGAGAAAGGGAAAGGCCCCAAUGAGGCUCUGCCUCCCGGAGAGAGAGCUGCAGCCAACAGCAGCCGUGGGAAGGAUGCCCCCAGGCAGCCCCAUGCCAGGAAAAGUGGGGGCAGCUCCCCUGAGACCAAGUAUGACCAGCCCCCCAAGUGUGACAUCUCUGGCAAGGAGGCCAUCUCUGCCCUGUCCCGUGCUAAGUCCAAGCACUGCCGCCAGGAGAUCGGGGAGACCUAUUGCCGACACAAGCUUGGACUGCUGAUGCCUGAGAAGGUGACUCGGUUCUGCCCCCUGGAGGGCAAAGCCAACAAGAACGUCCAGUGGGACGAGGACUCUGUGGAGUACAUGCCGGCCAACCCGGUCAGAAUUGCCUUCGUGCUGGUGGUCCACGGCCGUGCCUCUCGGCAGCUGCAGCGCAUGUUCAAGGCCAUCUACCACAAAGACCACUUCUACUACAUCCAUGUGGACAAGCGCUCUAAUUACCUGCAUCGGCAAGUGCUCCAGUUCGCCAGGCAGUAUGGCAAUGUCCGUGUUACACCCUGGAGGAUGGCUACCAUCUGGGGGGGAGCCAGCCUCCUGUCCACCUACCUGCAGAGCAUGAGAGACCUCCUAGAGAUGACCGACUGGCCCUGGGACUUCUUCAUCAACCUCAGUGCAGCCGACUACCCCAUCAGGACAAAUGACCAGCUGGUGGCAUUUCUCUCCCGAUACCGAGAUAUGAAUUUCUUGAAGUCACACGGCCGGGACAAUGCAAGGUUCAUCCGGAAGCAGGGCCUGGAUCGGCUCUUCCUGGAGUGUGACGCUCACAUGUGGCGCCUGGGGGACCGGCGCAUCCCCGAGGGCAUCGCCGUAGACGGGGGCUCAGACUGGUUCCUGCUGAACCGGAAGUUUGUAGAGUAUGUGACAUUCUCCACAGACGAUCUGGUGACCAAGAUGAAGCAAUUCUACACCUAUACCCUGCUUCCUGCUGAAUCCUUCUUCCACACGGUCCUGGAGAACAGCCCCCACUGUGACACCAUGGUGGACAACAACCUGCGCAUCACCAACUGGAACCGCAAGCUGGGCUGCAAGUGUCAGUACAAGCACAUCGUGGACUGGUGCGGCUGCUCCCCCAACGACUUCAAGCCGCAGGACUUCCACCGCUUCCAGCAGACAGCCCGGCCCACCUUCUUUGCCCGCAAGUUCGAAGCCGUGGUGAAUCAGGAAAUCAUUGGGCAGCUGGACUAUUACCUGUACGGGAACUACCCCGCAGGCACCCCAGGCCUCCGCUCCUACUGGGAGAACGUCUAUGAUGAGCCUGAUGGCACCCACAGCCUGAGUGACGUGACGCUCACCUUGUAUCACUCCUUUGCCCGCCUGGGCCUUCGCCGGGCAGAGGCAUCGCUGCACACGGAUGGGGAGAACAGCUGCCGGUACUACUCCAUGGGCCACCCAGCGUCUGUGCACCUCUACUUCCUUGCCGACCGCUUCCAGGGCUUCCUCGUCAAGCAUCACGCCACCAAUCUGGCUGUGAGCAAGCUGGAGACUCUGGAGACAUGGGUGAUGCCAAAAAAAGUCUUCAAGAUUGCAAGCCCACCCAGCGACUUCGGGAGGCUUCAGUUUUCCGAGGUCGGCACUGACUGGGAUGCCAAGGAACGACUGUUUCGCAACUUUGGGGGUCUCCUGGGGCCCAUGGAUGAGCCGGUGGGUAUGCAGAAAUGGGGGAAGGGGCCCAACGUGACUGUGACCGUCAUUUGGGUGGAUCCCGUCAACAUCAUCGCAGCCACCUAUGACAUCCUGAUUGAGUCCACUGCUGAAUUCACACACUACAAGCCCCCUUUGAACUUGCCUCUGAGGCCCGGGGUCUGGACAGUGAAAAUUCUCCACCACUGGGUGCCGGUUGCAGAGACCAAAUUUCUUGUUGCACCUCUGACCUUCUCCAACAGGCAGCCCAUCAAGCCAGAGGAGGCAUCAAAGCUGCACAACGGACCCCCUCGCAGCGCCUACAUGGAGCAGAGCUUCCAAAGCCUAAACCCCGUCCUCAGCCUGCCCAUCAGCCCCGCCCAGGUGGAGCAGGCCCGGAGGAACGCGGCCUCCACCGGCGCAGCACUGGAGGGCUGGCUGGACUCGCUGGUGGGCGGGAUGUGGACCGCCAUGGACAUCUGUACCACGGGCCCUACCGCCUGCCCAGUCAUGCAGACCUGCAGCCAGACAGCUUGGAGCUCCUUCAGCCCUGACCCCAAGUCAGAGCUGGGGGCAGUCAAACCUGAUGGCCGGCUUAGGUAGCAUUGGGCAUGAGUGGGCCACAGCAGGAUCUCAAUGGGAAAGCAGCCAAAGGGGCUGUGGGGCCUGAACCCUGGCCUCCCACCCCAGGGAGUGCCUUUUGUGCAAGGGGCUCUCCUGGCCAUACAACAAGGGGAAAGGUAGGUUAGCAGGCCAAACCAGGGGCAGCCAACAACCUGUAUUUGGCGAGCUGGGGGUGGGAUGGCUCAGUCCCAGCGCUGUGGUUACCUCCCCUCUUCCGUUCGAUCCUCAAAUCCUACAGGUUCCUUGUCAUCCCCUCCGAUGACCCAACACGCCCCCUCCACAACCCUGACAAGUGAUUUUCAAGCUUUUAUUUUGAGCAGCAGAACUUUGUUUACUGAGCACAGUAUUAGGCAGAAGUUCAAGGUGCAGAUGAAGUCCAAGCUGCUCUGGUUGAAGCUAAGGAACAUGAAGUUGGGAGGUUCCUUCUCAAAGCUCAGCCCAGUGGGCAGUCCCUUUGCCACGGCCAUCUCCUAAGGUACCUCUUCAGAACCCAAGGGCUCUGCCAAACCCAGUUAGACAAGCACUGCCCAGGCCGACCAUGGGUUUGCCCUCCAGCCCUACCCUUUGGAUCAUCUUUCUCUUCCCCUUGGCUGAGAGACCCUACACCAGUCCUGAAAGUCACGGUCAUGGCCCUUUCAAGGGAUGUAGCAGGAUUGGGAGGAAAGCUAGGUACUGCCUGGCAGCCCUCCUCAGGUUGAGCUAUUCUCCUUAGUAACCAGAUGAGCAAAAAAGCCUUUUGAUGUGAUGCAGUCAAGUGUGACUUGCCAGUUAUCGGGGGCCCAGGGCUCCCCCAGCAAGGCUGCCACAUGAAAUAGCAGAAACAAGGUGAUGCUGUGAGUAUGAGCCUCCAGUUUCCAUGAGCCAGAGACGAGGGGCAUGACCUCUUUGGUCCUUGAAAAUGGGAUCUCUGGGGACCAUGGCUAGGAAAUUAUAGCCAAACACCUGAGCUAGACAGCACAGCAAUGCCCGGCACCUGCCAGAGCCCUUCUGUUCUGAGGUCAGGCCCACAAAACCUUCUGACUCGCACCCUCAGUGCUGUUGGGAGUGACCAAACUGCGUGGACCAGACUUUUCACAUCCAGGAAAAAAGCAUUUCAGAUUUGGGUUUUUAAUUUCAUGCCCUUCCUUUGUCCACAGUGCGAACAGGCCCUUGUGGACGUGCAACAUAAAAGUGGAAAAGUUAUCUAAAAAAUUUAAAAUAGUGUUAUUCAAAUGCUCAAGUUACUUGAAACCUGAGGGGUUUCCUUGCCAUGGCCCCGGAGGCCCCCCUUCCUCCCAUAAUCCCAUCUCCCCGAAUGAAAGGGUUCCCUUGGACCGGUCAUGCCCUGGUUGCCAACAGUCCUGCCCAUGGAGAGCCCGUCCUCCUGCUUCUCUCCAGGGUGGGCUUGAAGGUACCUGUCAGUGUGUCACCCCAUCCCUGCCCUGCAAGGCGGGGUGUCCUGUUGGCAAUGGAGGACAUGGAGAAGGAACAUGUUAGAUAUUUAUUAUUUAUAUGUUUUAGUCGAUGACUAAUAAGUAGGUGCUGUUUUUGCAGCUUGUCAAUUAUGUUAUCUUACUAACUAAAGCUGCCUUUAUUCAUAAAAGGCCCCCAGCCCCCACCUUUGCCAUGCACUCCCCUUCUCUCCUACCUCCUGGUAUGUGUCUCUAUAUGAUUUCUCUCCUCCUGUGUCUGCCCUCCAUGCUCCUCGUCCUCAGAGUACUGCAGGGGUGUUGGACACCAUGGAAAGAAAGCUCCAACCCACAUC